AUGAUGCAAACCACCGUGUCCAUCCACCAUGGCUCCUACGAAUCGAUUCCCGCCGACGCGUCCCCGGGCCUUAUCUUCCUACAACGCUUCAUGCCCGUCGUCGACGCGAUUAACCCAGGUCAAUGCUCCAUCACGUCGUUCUUUACGCCCAGCGCCCCCAUUCUAAUCAACAGCAACCCACCCAGCUCCGCCAGCCAAGCCGUGCCCCUGCUCCACGUUCGCAGCCGGCAUCUCGCUCACUUCCAUCAUAAGGUUCAUAUCGCCUGGGACAUCGAUCUAAGCUCUGAGACCGGCCCGGUGCCCUCCUCCCAGCCGGUCAGCGCGGACGCAAUUACCGACGUCAACACCGUUGCCAGCGAGGAGACGACUCUCUACGCCCCGCUUACAAGCAAAGUACGCAUGAAGCGCACUGUCAUGUUCGAAGCUACGUCGGAGACGGUGUUUAAGAACGAUCCGGACCACUUUCCGGUCAAAACCCGUGAGUUUAACAUCCUCGACCUCGAAGGGGCCAACCAGGACGACCUACAGGUGGUCGAGAUGCGGGUCUUUCUAGAUUCGAAGCCAGUUCAGGCACGAGCAGCCUCAUUGAGUAUGGCGUCGGCAUAUGCAGACGGCUAG